GAGAUGUCCAGCCAAGCGGCGCGCUACCUGCAGCGCUGACUCGCCCAGGCGGGGACAGGCGGUGGCUGUGGAGCUGAGCCUUGCCUGCUCCCUUGCUGCCUGUGCUGGUGAAGGGCCCUGGUGGCUGCAGAGGAGGCGUCUGCCCGUGCUGGGCGCUGGGGGCAUGCACGUGGCCGGGCAGCUAGUGCUGCCUGCGGUGCUGGCCAGGCUCUCGGAGACCUGCCUGUGCAGGAUUCUUGCCUGUGGUGCUGGCUCCCACGAGGACCAGGAAUCGCUUAUUGCUGUCUGGGGUCAGAAAGCCUGAAGGGCUUCCAGAUGUCCAGCUGCUAGGCCAGCUCAGGAGCCUCACAGCAGCAGCCUGGCUCUCAGAAUAAGGCGAGGCCCUUGGCACCUGCUUUGGCACUCUAGUCUGUCCAGGACUUGGACCUACUCCUUUUCCAGCAGGUGCUGUGGCACCCUGGGAGCACUGAGUGUCUCAAUACUUGGGGUGCUCUGCACCCCUCAGCCUGGUACUUGUGCCCUGCAUGUGUCUUUGGUGAGGGGAUGAUGACGCUGUUUUGGAAGGUAGCAGGAGCCUUGGCAUGUCGUGGAAGAAGUACUGUUUGCUUUGUGAGUGGGGCUUCAGGCAGGAAAGGCCCUGGUUUGUGGACAGGAAGCUGCACAGCAGCAGAAUGAUUUACUGCCUGCCUUGAUCUCUGGUCAGUCCUUGAGACAUGUUUCUGGGAGCUAGGCUCUACUCUUGGGUUGAGAUCCUGGAUGUCCUGCAUCGUUGCUCUGGGCUGCUGCACGUGCAUAAAGGAAGCACAUUGUACAUUGAAUAGACCAGGCUCUGUCUUCCUCGCUUCUCCCCUUGAACUCUGAGACGCAAAGCCCUGAGUCCAUCACAACCGGGCGAGGAGUAGUGCUGGUCACCCAGUGAGCUGUGCUGGCAGAAGGCCGUUGCAGUUGAGCGGUUCCUGCCUUGGGCAGGGGGUUGGACUAGCUGACCUCAGGAAGUCCCUGCCAGCCCACUUCUCUCUAUAACUAUGGUAUAUAAUCACAUACCUUCUUUGUAGUGGGUCUCCAGGGUUUAGCAGCUGCUAGGGCAGGAGCGAGAGAGAUCCUGGCCUUGGGACAACUAUGCAGACCCCAUGAACUAGAGCAGGGGUGGCCAAGCCAUUGCAGGGGCAGCUUCUGUGUGUGGCAUGGAGCAGGUCAGGAAGGAGACUGGCAGCACAGCAGCAGAUAGGGCAGAAAGCGGAACAGCAGAGGAAAGGGGUCAGAGUGGCACACGGGGAGGCUGUUGGGCUAAUUUGCAGUCCCCCUUUCAAAAAGGGUGGUCCCCACUGAACCAGAGGACCAAUUUCUAGGUUCAAAGAUGGAACAGAGCAGCUUGCUCACCUGACCAAGCCCUCUGUAAUGCCGGCCAGAGCAUUUCACCUGUGGCUCCUGCUAGAGGAAGUUUUGGAGAAAGGCACCCAGCACUGGCACAGGCUCGGAGAUGGCAAAUCCCCCCACAUUCCUGUCAGUUUUUUCAGUGGUUAAUUACCUGCUGUUAGAAAUCUGCAUUAUUUCUGCUAUGAAUAUGUCUAGCUACAAUAUUUCUAGGUCACAGUUUCUAAUGGUAGAAGUCAGGCUGCAGAUUAGCCCCUUAUCCUUCCUGAGUGCCCCUCCAGUCCCUUUCCUCUACCCAACAUGAUGCUCUGCUUUCCACCUCCUGCACAGCUGCCACUUUGGUGCAGGUCCCCUCCCCGAUCUGCUGUAUGCCUCUCACAGAGGCUGCCUGUGCCACAGGCUGGCCACCCUUGGUCUGCAAGGUGCCACCUUACUCUGUCUUCAUAAUCUGUUGGCUAUCUACAGUGCCCUUUCCUCAACUUUUGCAGUCUCACUGCUUUCCAAGUGCAGUCUCCCAUCCUGUGAGCAUGACAUCCGUUCAUUCAUCCUAGAUGGAAAACCAUACAUUUGGCAUUACAUUUUGAGUAGUUUGCUUGCACCCAUGAUCCAGAUCGCUCUAACAGUCCUCUAUCUCUCCUCCAUAUUUUCUACUGACCCAAUAUAUCUGUCCUCUGCAAACUUUAUUAGUAGCAAUAAUUGAACUAAAACUCUUUAAGCAAAGGGCAUUAACCCAGGCCUGGGAGGCAGACUACAAGGUACUUCCCUAAUGCUCAUUGUGGAGAAGGACCUGAGGUGAUAGGGAGCAUCAUCAAAGGUUACAGCAUCAUCUCUUCAUAUUGCCAAGGAGCGGUUGUGUAGCCCCAGUGGCUAUGGAUUUGGUGUUCUGCAGGCACCGAGCUGGGGUUGCAGUCCUCCCAGGUGUAAUGCAGACUUGGGGCUCUAAAGGAGUAGCAUUUGAGGGGGAAAUUUUCUUUCAUUUCUCUGGAAAUGUCCUAGUAUUUCAAGUUUAACGCUGUUUUUCCAGAGAGCUGCUUGGCCAAUUCUUAUGAAACUCUUGGGUGCAAGUUCUCUGGACCACCGAUUUUAAAAAAUGUUUAUCUUUAGCACAAUGGAGGCCAACCUUUUUCUCAGAUGUGCCACAAGUUAAGCCCUGAACCUUCCCCGAGUGCCAUGCCAGUCCCCUUCCCCUGCCUGGUCUGCUGUUUUGUUUUUUGCACCCUUUCCUGAUUCCCUGUCUGAUCUGUUACUUUGCCUUCUGCUCCCUACACUGUCUGGCACUGGGCUGCCUGCCCCUCCCUAAGGUACAGCGUGCCACAUGCAGAGGCUGCCCAUGCCACUUGUGGCCCUCGUGCUGCAGAUUGGCCACCCCUGCAUUAGUGGAUGAUGUUUACUGUUUCCUUAAUUCUGAUGCAUCCUGUUGGUGAGAAAGGUGAGGAGUCUGCAGCCCAGCCUAGAUUUCAGGGCUCUGAAUCAGUAGGACAGUUACCCAAGGGGCCCUCAACCUCUGGCAGAGGAAUGAUCUGAUGAUGUUUCAUAGUUGGUAGGGUCAGAAGGAACCUGAGGAGAUCAACCAGUCCAACCCCCUGCUGUGGCAGGAAAGAGUACUCUGGAUCCUGCACUUGCAGUGCUUGGGGAGGCCAUCUGAUUUGUCAUAGCAGAGCACUAACCCCCUUUGUGGGCUGGCAUGUUCAGUGCUCUAUAUCCUCAUUAGCUGCUGGAUAAUAUCUGUGGGCUCCCAGUCUUUGCAGGUGGGCCACCUGUUUGCUCAGCCAGCUCAGCUACGUCACGAGUGACACUGCUCCAGGUGGCAUGGCAGAGCAGAGGAUGUAUCCUGUGGGCUUAUAGGGUCAGUGGGGUUUUUAUAAACUACCCAGUGUCCCAGCCCAAAAACAAUCAGGGCACUGGGAGCCAUGGCAGAUAUAUCUCAUCUCAAAGCCUCCCUGGCCUAGGGCAGGAUCCAAGAUAUUACAUUACAUGCCUGGCAGAAAAAAUGAGCAUGUCCUGGUACGUGAGGGCAAGAGCUCUGCUGUGUUGCAGACAGCCACAGGUAUUCCUCCCAGAACAGCACUCAGAACCAGAAAGCAAUGCUCUGCCCUGGUGGUUCUCAAUUGGGGUGCUGUGAUUCUUCUUAGGGUACCAUAGGGUGCCAUGUGGUCUUGGCAUUGAGGUCUGGAAACACCUGCCUACACACAAUUCAAAAGAUAAACCCAGAGAUCUCAAAUAGGAACCCAUCGUGUCAAAAACAUUCUGAACUGUUGUAGCCUGAGUUCUUUGCAACAAAAUAAUUGCUCCAAUGUUUCCGUUGUCAAAAAUGAGUGAAAGCUCAAAGUUAACAUUUGGGGGGGCAGCCGUGGGGGGUGCCCAGAGUCUAGAAAUGUUGAAACCACUGUUCUAACCCAUCCUGGGAAUCCUGUCCCUGGCAGCCUGGCUGCAGACAGGCAGACAUCUGUAGACAUCUGUCUCUGUUGGACAGCUUGUGUCCUGAUCUCUUGAAGGCUGGCUACAUUAAGGACCUGCAGCUCCAAGUGGGAAAGGUUUGCGGCAAAAUUCAGAGAGACCCUUUACAUACAAACUGCUCGAUGGCUUCACCUGCCUGAGUCCAACCUACAGAACCAACUCUAUCCAGGGACAUUGGGCAUCCAUUGUAAUCUUUUGUGAAUUUGUAAAAGGCAGACUCUGUCUGUCUCUGUGGCCCUUUGUCAUCAGGCUUAUGCAGGGCUUAAACACCCAUGUCCACUAAAAUACCCCUGUGUCACAUGGUAUUGACACAGUCCUGCCAAAUGUGCUGAAGGGGAGCAGGGCUAAUCUUGUAGUGGGAGCAACAUGCUCCAGCAGCUGGUCCACUUUGUGCCACGUCUUACAAGGAUGCUGUGCGGCUCUCAACCCCUGGGUUCUUCUCAUGGUGGUGGCAGUGCAGAGCCACUUAAUGGACCAGUCAUCCUGCCAGUUACCUUUGCUGACCAUAGGCCCGUCUCAGUGAAUCUGCUUUCCACGUUCUAAAAACCUUGGGCUUUGUCUAGAACAACUGAAGCCUGAGAAAGUUCAUGUAACACUCAUUCCUUUUGAUGCCAGUACACAGGUCACUGCUAUGGCGUAGAGCCUGUCUGCAUGGGUGUCUCGUGUUUUAUGUUGCUGUGUCCUGACUGCUUAAAACGAGAAGGUUGUGUUAAGGCAGACUCAGUCUGAAGCCAGGUGCCUCUUGCUGCCUUGGGGGUGAUUCUGCAGCGGACAGCAGCAAGGCUGGCAUGCUGUCCUCCCUCCAGGCAUCCGCAUGGGAUUAUUGCUUGAGUUCUCGUGGAGGGAGUCCCCACUGGCAUUUUGUGCUGCAGAACAUGCUUCUAUAUCUAGGAAGAUCAAACUAGCCAUCAAAUGAGGCCUUGGCCAGCAAAAAAAAUAAAAGGGGUGUGUAUGUGCAGAUGCGUAUAUGUCUGUGUGUGCAUGUGCCCCCCUCUCUGGGCUUGCACAUAGCACCUGCUGAUGUGCCUGAGCUGGAAAUGUGUCUUCGUGUUUUGCUGCAUACAUCAAAUAAACCCUUUCCUUAUUCGUGUGGUUGGGGCUGGACUUGUUGCUGCUCACUGCCAUGAUGCUCUAGCUUCAUGUUUCCCUAGAGUGGGAGUCCUGAUAGGGAGUAUUUUUAGGGGUUGAAAAAUUGUUCCUCUUCUUGGGAGCAGUGUCUCGGCACAAUUCAUGCCUCGUGACAGCUCUGCAGCUUUUCUCUGUUGAAAAAUUUUUCUCCUGCCCUCUGUUCCUCUCCGUGCCCUGCUGAAGCACAUUUGAGAUGGUACCUCCAGCUAGGACCUACCUCCUGCUGACGUGAGUUCCGCGGGUCAGCGCUACAGACUGCAGGGAUUUCCUGUGUUGUUCCAGCUAAGCCUAGUUUUGAUUCUGGCAGCAGGGUGGGGAAAAGUGGCUGCUCAGUUCUCGCCAUGACCUUUAUCAUCUUGCAUGGCAACUUUCUUCAGCAGAGAGUUAUUUUGUGGUUUCUUGUUGCCCCAAUUUAUUUUCUCUUAUGGAACUGAGAUUUGUGUGACUAGUAACAUACCUUGUUCAUUUGACAGGGUCACCUACCCUCCACAUAAAACAAGUCUCUAGAGGAGUUCAAAAUGGGCUCCAUGCCCUUCCAACUGUGAGAAUGAAACAUUGGCAUCUGCACAACUGACCUGUGUGACAAGUACCAGCUCUAACGGAGGUCACCAGAAUAAACUAGCCCCCAUUCUUUGCUCUUAUGCACAGUAACUGUAGGGACCAUGCUGCCAGAAGAGCUGUGGAACAGGGUGAAGGUUGCUGUGUUGGUUACCAGGAGCUUGUAGCUGCUUCUACAGGAGGCAAGUCUGGAAAGAAAGAGCUGCCUUGUCUCUGCUGUCGUCUUGUGCAGUCUGGUGAUGGAGCUUUUACAGCUUCCCUUAAGGAGAUACUGUGGAAAACAGAUUUUUUUUGCCUUUUUUAAAAGAAGCAGAAUAGGAGAUAGGGUGCCUGUCCGUGAAGUGCUGAGACCAGGAGCUCCUCUUCCUUGCAGCAUGUGACCAAAGGGGUGCCUGAUGAUAUCCAAAGUUGUCACCUGUUGUUCUCAAUGGAUUCCAGUGAGUUUCCUGGUUCUUUGGACCCCCUUUCUCUGCCAGAUAAGCCACUUAUUGGGGAUCUCCCUGCUGACAUGGAGUUUGGGGAGGAUCUCCUGGCCUCCCAGACUGCUGCUUCUACCCAGCCAGUCUCAGCCCUGCAGCCCCCUGAGAUGGAGUGGGAGCAGUCCAAGCCGGUGACUUCAGAGAGAGACUUGGAUAUUCUGGUGAAAUCAGACAGUCUGGCUGACCUAAGCAAACCAAACAGCCUUGAUCUAGAUCAGCCCAGUGUCCUGGAUGUGCUGGAGAAACCCGGGGAUUUGGAUGACCUGGACAAAGCUGCCGACUUGAUGGGUUUAAACAAGUCUGAGGACCUGGAGGGGCUGUACAAGGCCCAUUCAUCCCAGGACAUGGCCAGCGAGCCUGGGGGCUCCUCUGCAUUGCCUCAAGCAGACCUGGCUGCAGAGACAUGGAAGGAAGAGGAUGGGGAGCCCAAAACCAACCCUGGGGACUUGGAGGAGGACAGUGCCAUAGCUGCUCCUGUGCUGAGCGAUGGUGGUACCCCAGAGUUGCCCCAGGCGCCUGCUCCUGACCCUGGGGAGCAGAGCAGCACUCCCCCUGCAGAGGAAAGCACCACCCAACCCUCAGAUCUGCCAGCAGCUCCACUGCAGCCAAGUCUGAAGCAGGUGAAGAAGACCAGAUUGAAGGCCCCAAAGAAAAGCUCCACCAUACAGAAGGAAGGGCCAGCAGCAGAAGAGGGAAUGGAGCAGAGCCCAGAUAGCAACGUGCCGGCCCUGCCCCCAGACCACGUUGGCGAUGGCCAGGGGGAAGAAGGCAGCGAGGGUGGCAAACCCUCGCUGCAGGAGGAGAGUGGCACACCAGCAGCCCAGGAUGCCACGCAGCAGCCAGCAGCAGGAGAUGGCCUGACCGGGAAGGGGAGCGAGCAGCCAACUGAGAAGGAGCAGAAGAGAAGCGAACGAGCCAGGAGGUCAGAGGCAGCGAGGCCUGAAACUGUGAACUCCUCUGAGAGCAUUCCAGUGUCCGACGAGGACUCAGACGCGAUGGUAGAUGAUCCCAAUGAUGAGGACUUUGUUCCAUUCCGCACACGGCGCUCAACCCGCAUGUCCCUGCGCACGCAGAUGGCCCAGCGCGCUGCCCGCUCCACCGUCACCAAGAUGACCUGUGCCCACUGCCGCACCCCACUGCAGAAGGGGCAGACAGCAUACCAGCGCAAGGGGCUCCCUCAGCUCUUCUGCUCCAGCUCCUGCCUCACCACUUUCUCCAAGAAACCUCCUGGCAAGAAGAUCUGCACCUUCUGCAAAAAGGAGAUCUGGAACACCAAGGACUCUGUUGUGGCCCAGAUUGGCUCAGGCGGCUCUUUCCACGAGUUCUGCACCUCGGCUUGCCUCUCUCUGUAUGAGGCCCAGCAGCAGAGGCCGGCACCUCAGCCUGCAGAAGCCUCUGACACCAGCCGCUGCAGCGUGUGUCACAAGCCUGGUGAGAUCCAGCACGAGGUCAGCAACGGGAACGUGAUUCACCGCAUCUGCAGCGAUGCCUGCUUCACCAAGUUCCGAGCCACCAAGGGGCUGAAGACCAAUUGCUGUGACAACUGCGGGCUCUACAUCUAUAACAAGGGGCUGCCGCUUGAGUAUCUGUUCCACGAAGGCCAGCAGAAGCGCUUCUGCAACUCGGCUUGUCUCAACAGCUACAAGAAGAAGAACACUCGUGUGUACCCUUGCAUGUGGUGCAAGACUCUGUGCAAGAACUUUGACAUGCUGCCCAAUGUGGACCGGUCAGGGCGCACGGGCCUCUUCUGCUCCAUCUGCUGCACCACCUCCCACAAAGUGAAGCAGUCGGGCCUUGUUGGUCCCCCUAGACCCUGCAGCUUCUGCAGAAAGAGCCUGUCCGAGCCCUGCUAUUACAACAAGACAGACCAGGUCGUGUACCAGUUCUGCAGCCCCAGCUGCUGGACCAAAUUUCAGCACACCAGCCCGGAAGGGGGCAUUCACCUGAGUUGUCAUUACUGCCACAACCUUUUCAGUGGGAAGCCAGAAAUCCUUGACUGGCAGGAUAAGGUGUAUCAGUUCUGCUGCAGGGACUGCUGUGAGGACUUCAAGCGGCUGCGAGGUGUGGUGUCCCAGUGCGAGCACUGCAAGCAGGAGAAGCUGCUGCAUGAGAAGAUCCGUUUCUCUGGCGUGGAGAAGAACUUCUGCAGCGAAGGGUGUGUGCUUCUUUACAAACAGGAUUUCACCAAGAACCUGGGCCUGUGUUGCAUCACCUGCACCUACUGUUCCCAGACCUGCCAGCGGGCAGUCACCGAGCAGCUGGAAGGCAGCACCUGGGACUUCUGCAGUGAAGACUGCAAAAGCAAAUACUUACUGUGGUACUUCAAGGCAGCUCGGUGCCACGCCUGCAAGCGUCAGGGGAAGCUACUGGAAACCAUCCACUGGCGGGGGCAAAUCAAACACUUCUGCAACCAGCAGUGUCUGCUGCGGUUUUACAAUCAACAGAACCAGCCCAACCUGGACACGCAGAAGGGGCCCGAGAGCCUGCUGAACAGUCAGACGCCAGAGCCAAAGCCGGCUGCCUCUUCGCAGCAAAAAGCAGAGACAAACACGGUGUCUGCAAAAGCCUUGUCGGCCCAGGUGUCUGCUCCCCCACCACCCCCACCACCGGUUCCAGCCACGCCUCGCAAAAACAAAGCUGCCAUGUGCAAGCCCCUGAUGCAGAACCGUGGUGUGUCCUGCAAGAUCGAAAUGAAAUCCAAGGGGUGUCAGACGGAGGCAGAUUGGAAGCCCCAGGUGAUUGUGCUGCCAGUCCCAGUCCCAAUCUUUGUGCCUGUGCCUAUGCAUAUGUACUGCCAGAAAGUACCCGUGCCUUUCUCCAUGCCUGUCCCGGUGCCUGUGCCAAUGUUCCUGCCCACCACACUGGAGAGCACAGAUAAGAUCGUGGAGACCAUUGAGGAGCUGAAGGUGAAGAUCCCAUCCAACCCCCUGGAGGCUGACAUCCUGGCCAUGGCGGAGAUGAUCGCAGAGGCAGAGGAGCUGGAUAAGGCCUCCUCCGACCUGUGUGACCUGGUAAGUAACCAGAGCGCCGAGGGCCUGCUGGAAGACUGCGACCUCUUUGGGCCAGCGAGGGAUGACGUGCUGGCCAUGGCUGUUAAGAUGGCGAAUGUGCUGGAUGAGCCUGGCCAGGAUCUGGAGGCCGACUUCCCGAAGAAUCCCCUGGACAUCAACCCCAGUGUGGACUUUCUCUUUGACUGUGGCCUGGUGGGACCAGAUGAUGUGUCCACGGACCAGGACCUGCCACGUGCUGUCCGGAAGGGUCAGAAGCGCCUGGUGCUGUCCGAAAGUUGCUCCCGGGACUCCAUGAGCAGCCAGCCCAGCUGCACGGCACUGAACUACUCAUAUGGCGUCAAUGCCUGGAAGUACUGGGUGCAGGCCAAGUACGCAGGUGGCGAGACCAGCAAGGCGGAGGAGCUGCGCUUUGGGCCCAAGCCCAUGCGCAUCAAGGAGGACAUCCUGGCCUGCACGGCCGCCGAGCUCAACUACGGCCUCGCCCAGUUUGUUAAGGAGAUAACGCGGCCCAACGGUGAGCGCUAUGAGCCGGACAGCAUCUACUACCUCUGCUUGGGCAUCCAGCAGUACCUGCUGGAGAACAACCGCAUGGUAAACAUCUUUACGGACCUCUACUACCUGACCUUCGUGCAGGAGCUGAACAAGUCUCUGAGCGGCUGGCAGCCCACGAUCCUGCCCAACAACACGGUGUUCUCGCGUGUGGAGGAGGAGCACCUGUGGGAGUGCAAGCAGCUGGGCGUGUACUCGCCCUUCGUGCUGCUCAACACCCUCAUGUUCUUCAACACCAAGUUCUUUGGGCUGCAGACAGCAGAUGAGCACAUGCAGCUCUCCUUCACCAAUGUGGUGCGCCAGGCCCGGAAGUGCACCACGCCACGAGGCACCACCAAGGUCGUCAGCAUCCGCUACUACGCCCCUGCCAAGCAGAAGAAAGGCCGAGCCUCUCCCCCUGCAGAUGGAGGCCUGGGGAAGCGAAAGCGAGAGGAGGAGACACCCAUCCUGGAGCAGCGCGAGAACCGGAUGAACCCGCUCCGCUGUCCUGUCAAGUUCUACGAAUUCUAUCUCUCCAAAUGUCCCGAGAGCCUGCGGAACCGGAGCGACGUGUUCUACCUGCAGCCGGAGCGGUCGUGCAUCGCGGAGUCGCCCCUCUGGUACUCAGUCAUCCCCAUGGACCGGAGCAUGUUGGAGAGCAUGCUGAACCGCCUCCUGGCUGUGCGCGAGAUCUACGAGGAGCACAGCCGGGCUGGCGGCCUGGACGACGACAUGGACUGAGCCCGGCCCACGGUGCCCUGUCCGCUCUGUGCGGGGAAGCCACGUCCCCCUGGUUCUUGCUGCCCACCCACGGGGACGUGAGCGGAGCGGCCUGGCAUGGGGCUGGUGCUGCUCCCUGCCCCGGAGACCAGGGCGCUGUCCUGCUUAUCUGUAUCAGACUGAGACAUCCCUGCCUCAUGCUAGGGCUGAGGCCCCAGUGGGCCCUAGCAUCCAAGCCCUACCUGCACGCUGCCUCCCAGCCUGGGCCUGGCUGCGGCAGGGUCCUGCCCUGCCCCUUCCUGUCUUCCCAGUGGCUGCAGGCCCAGGGGAGCCAAGAGCCCGAAGGACAUGCUGCUGACAACCCUGCCUUGGCACCACCCCCGUUGACUGUGCCAGGGCUGCGGCAGCUCCCCAUGGCUGUUCCCAACCUGGCUCCCUUCCUCCAUACCCCCCAAUGUGUCAUGUGGCUGCCACGGUGGAGAGGCCAAGGCCAGCCGAGGGGUGGGAGGCUGGGCUGGGCCCAGCAGCCUCUGCUGGAGGCUCUCAGCCCUUGGGCUGCUCGCUGCCUGAGUGGCAAGCUCCCAGCUGGGGACAAGAGCCCUGCCCCAAACGUGGGGCCCAGGGAUGGGCUCUGCAAGGUGGGGCUGGCCUGUUCCUCAGGGCAGCAGGCCUGGUUCUGCUGGACAGGAGAGGGGUUUGACCUAGAGCAUGGGGCAGCCCAGCCAGGGCUGAAGGGAGCGGGGGCCUCUCUGGUGCCGGGGGCGGUGGGCAUGGAGCCUUCCCUGAUGGGACAGUGGGUGCUGGCAGGGUAUGCCCUGGCCAGGGCCUGGCUGUUUUCUCCAGCUUGUCGUCUCCUCCUGUGACACGGAGCUCCCAUCCUCUGCGUGCAGCUUGGGGGCACAGGUGGGCAUUCUGCAGGCCAGAUGGGGGCUGAUGGCACCCCCUUGCCCAGGGGGAGCAGGGAUGCCCCUGCACCUGCUGGAGCAGGGGGUCAGACCCCCUCGCAUGCUCGGGGCUGGAGAGGCAGGCUUCGGCUGGCCACCUCUCCACUCCUGUCUCCCCACUAGCCACAUUGGCCCAAGCCCCUGACCUGCACUCUGCGAGCAGGGGUGGUGGCACCUGGCCGGGUCUCCGCUUGCUCAGCCCCCGCUUUGCUGCCCCAGCUCCCACCCCUUUGUGGUGUUUGAAAUCCUCCGAGCUGUCAAUGGGGCUCGGCACUGCCUGACGAGCCUGUACAUAUUGUCCUGGGCCUGGUAGGCCCUGUCCUCUGUGUCCAUGUCAAGCGUGAGCACUCACUGGUCUUGUCGUAGUGAUAACGGGGCGCUAGGACGAACCCUGUGUCUGGAACCAUUCAUUUCAAUAAAGACGCAGAAACCUG